CCAAAUUUCUAAAAAAGUCCAAUUUUUGAAAAAAAGUUUGAAUUCGAUAUUUUCUAAUUGAAAUUUAAUAAACAAAAUGGUCAUACAUAAAACCAACAACAUUUACAUUUACAUUGCAGCAUUCCUCAAAUUGAAGGAAAACGUACGUUAUAUGGACCGAAAAGCCAUUCAUCGUAAAUUCAAUAACAUUGUUUCGAAAAUAAAGCAAAAAAAAGCUGAUUAUCGAACAGUUAAUGAUUGGAUCGCAGCAAUGGAUAUGUUACAAGAAUUUAUCAAUGGUCAACGUUUUAUUGAUUUUUCAAUUGGAGAAUAUAGAUGGAAUUCUAUGUUAACAUUCAUUGAACAAAUGAUGAUGAUAGCCAAUAAAGCAAAUGAAAUGCCCAAUAUUUUUGCAAAACAAUUGUAGGAACUGUUGAAAGAUGCAACCGCUCACUUGACAAAUAUUCAUAAAAUAGAGCAAACAACUAUUGAUUAUGAAAAUAAAACAAAAGAAGAAGAAAAAUCGAUACUUGUC